AUGGCCAUAUUUUGUUUGUUUUCCAGGGGAGGACGCAUUUGCAGUUUGGCCGACAUUGUGGUGGCGACUCCGGGCCGGCUGGUGGACCACAUCAACAAGAACGCCGGCUUCAGCCUGCAGCACCUACGCUUCCUCGUGAUAGACGAGGCGGACCGCAUGAUUGACAGCAUGCACCAGUCGUGGCUGAAGCAGGUGACCCAGGCCGUCUACACACAGGGCCCCGACGCCUCCCUCUUCGGACGCAGGGAACCAGGACCAAUCACGGCCGCCAGUUUGUCUCCACCCCAGAUGCCACUUCAGAAGCUGCUGUUUUCCGCCACCUUGACCCAGAACCCAGAGAAGCUGCAGCAGCUCGGGCUGCACCAGCCACGCCUCUUUAGCUCCGGACACGCCCCCACGGAUGACCCCACCCAGCCCGCCGACAAGUACACCUUCCCCCAAGGCCUCACGGAGUACUACAUCCCGUGUACCCUGAGCAGGAAGCCGCUCCUCAUCCUGCACCUGCUGCUGCGCCUCAAGUUCAGCACCGUACUCUGCUUCACCAACUCCAGAGAGGCCGCCCACAGGCUCUUCAUGCUAGUGAAGCUCUUUGGUGGCGUUCAGGUGGCGGAGUUCUCCUCACGUCUCAGCCCCUCGGAGAGGAAGAAGACCCUCAGAGACUUCGAACAGGAGAAGAUCCAGCUGUUGAUCAGUACUGAUGCAGCAGCUCGUGGCAUAGACAUCCAGGGAGUGAAGUGUGUUGUCAACUACGACGCUCCCCAGUUCAUCAGGACCUAUGUUCACAGGGUGGGCAGGACGGCAAGAGCUGGGAAGUCCGGGAUGGCCUUUACAUUCCUGCUUGGAGUUCAGGAGAAGAACUUCCUCCAGAUGGUGACCGAUGCAGGUAGCCCAGGUGUGCAGAAGCAGAUCGUCCAAUCAGAGAGCUUGAAGAGCCUGGAGAGCCGUUAUGAGGAAACCCUGGUGGAACUGGGGAACGCCAUCAAGGAUGAAAAGUCCCGGAAGCAGAUGGCACUAUGACACAACUGUGUUGUAUUAAAGAUGAAUACCAUUGUACAGUAUUUCUGUUUCCUAUAUGACUGCUUGAUCUAUGUAAAAUAUAUAU